UAAAUUCAACCGUGCGUCUUGAUACUUUCGUCAAGUGUUGUCAUCCAUCUUUUCGUUGAGUGAUUUUUGAGGUUGUCUCCACGUUGAGCCAAAUUGCAUCAAAAUGCAGAUCUUCGUGAAAACCCUUACGGGGAAGACCAUCACCCUUGAGGUCGAGCCCUCAGACACCAUUGAGAAUGUGAAGGCGAAGAUUCAGGACAAGGAGGGAAUCCCUCCCGAUCAGCAGCGUCUGAUCUUCGCCGGGAAGCAGCUGGAGGACGGACGCACGCUGUCCGACUACAACAUCCAGAAGGAGUCCACACUCCAUCUGGUCCUGCGUCUCCGCGGUGGCAUCAUUGAGCCCUCGCUGAGGAUUCUGGCGCAGAAGUACAACUGCGACAAGAUGAUCUGCCGCAAGUGCUACGCGCGCCUCCAUCCGAGGGCCACGAACUGCCGCAAGAAGAAGUGCGGCCACACCAACAACCUGCGCGCCAAGAAGAAGCUAAAGUAGAGCCCCUUCAGCGGCCCGCGAGGCUCCCGGAAGGCCUCCUGGCGCUCUGCUUGGCAGAUUUUGGUCUGUAAUUGAGAAAUUCUUGUGGUCAAUAAAAUGACUUUCCAUCUCA